AUGAAUAUUCCAUCCUUAGACCUGUUUUAUCAUCCACUUUUCACACGUCACAAAUUGUUAACAGAAAGUGUUAUUUUGUGCGGGUGCGGUUAUCUAGAUGGUACCGAAAUUUCGGAAGCCAUAUCGUCGACGAUACAUAUCUGCCAGAAAGAUAUGGUGCCACACUUUUACGCGCCGGAUGUAGACAUUUGCGAAACUGUCGAUCAUUUCACUAAACAACCAGAUACAAACAGUCCAUCCAGAAACGGACUAGUCGAAGCUGCCAGAUUGGCUAGAUCGAACAUUAAACCGCUAUGCGAAUGUGAAGCUUGCAUGCACGGGGCACUCGUUCUCCCUGGAGGAUUUGGUGCGGCAAAGACAUUGAGCAAUUUCGCAGCAAAAGGCGCCGACUGUACGAUACUUCCUGAUUUGGAAAAGCUUAUCGAAGACUUUUACUGUGAGAAGAAACCAAUUGCAUCGAUGUGCAUUGCAAGCGUUCUUGUGGCAAGAGUAUUAAAAGGUGUUAAAAUUACACUGGGAAAAGAUUCACCAGCAAAAGAUUGGCCGUAUGCCGAUGCUAUUAAGAAAGCAAAAGACAUGGGAGCUAGGAUAGAAAUGAAAAAUGUGAAGGGAGUAACGAGAUGUAAAAAAUACAAUGUCGUUAGUACACCAGCCUGGAUGUAUAAACCUGCGUCUUAUUUAGAUGUCCAUAAUGGUAUAGGGAAAUUAAUUACUACGUUGAAGAAAUGCAUCAAUUGA